AUGGAGGUCAAGGAGCAAAGACAGAAACUAAAUGACGUAAAGAAACACUGCGACUUCAAAACUCACGGAACAAAAGCCAAUAAGCUGCACUCCUGCUCUCAUUGUGGAAAGAGUUUCCAGAAUAAAGGAAACCUUAACAGACACAUAAGAAUUCACACUGGAGAGAAACCGUAUCCAUGCACUCAGUGUGAGAAGAGUUUCAGAGAUGCAACAUGUUUAAAAAAUCAUCUGCGCAUUCACUCUGGAGAAAAAACAUUUAACUGUGAUCAGUGUGGUAAAGAUUUUAUUUCAUCAGCAAAUCUAAAAUCACACCUGAAAGUUCAUUCAGAUGAGAAGCCUUAUGUGUGUUCUCUCUGUGGAAAGAGUUUUCCACGGAUGAAGAGUUUUAAACUGCACCAGAAAGCACAUAAUGAUGUGAGAGCUUAUGUGUGUUGUGACUGUGGGAAGAGCUUUACUAGAGUUGACCAUCUGAAACUGCACCAAAGAAUUCAUUCUGGAGAAAAACCUUACAAGUGCUCAUACUGUGACAAGAGUUUUACUCAGUCUGGAAACCUGAAAAAGCACAAGCGAGUUCACACUGGAGAGAAGCCGUACCACUGUACUCAGUGUGAGAAAAGUUUCAGAAAUUCAACAGGUUUAAAAAUCCAUCUCUGUUUUUACUCUGGAGAAAAAACAUUUAACUGAUCAGUGUGGUAAAGACUUUAAUUCAUUCUCAAAUCUAAAACUACACCUGAAAAUUCA